CACUGUUCCGCGGUCCGACGGAUGACUUCAGCGCGCUGACCGGCGACCCACACCGACCGGCGCCGCGCUACGUCAAGUGCCACCUGCCACUGUCCAUGUACCGGCCGCAGCUGCUGGAGACCUGCCGGGUGGUCUACGUGGCCAGGAAUCCCAAGGACCUCUGCGUGUCCCUCUACCACCACAGCCGCUUCUUCUACUGCUACGACUUCGAGGGCGACUUCGAGCUGUUCCUGCAGUACUUCAUGGAUGGCAACAUUACCGAUCUUCCCUGCGUGGAGCACAUGAUAGAGGCCUGGAACCUGCGUCCCCACCCCAACCUCUGCUUCCUCUUCUACGAGGACAUGAAACGCGAUCUCAAAUCGCAGAUCCGCAAGGUGGCCAAGUUCCUGGGAAAGGAUUUCUCUGAAGAACAGGUGACCAAGCUGGCCGAGCACCUGCACAUCGACAACUUCAAGAAGAACCCCUACGUCAACCGAGAGAACCUAAAACAGGAUGGCGUGGCGUACACUGACAGAACCGACUUCAUCAGGAAGGGCAAGACGGGCGAUUGGAAGGGCGCUUUCACAGCCGAGAUGAACGACAAGUUCGACCGCUGGCUCGAAGACAAGCUGAAGGGAACUGACCUCAGGUUCACCAUGGAGCUGGACACGCAAGAUUGACUCGACCGGACCCAGAGGCUUCCAACGUGGUACAAUCGUGGACAAAACCCAAAGGCUUGGAAAGGGUUUAGGGGUGCGCUGUAAAAAUUGGUAAAUUCUCUCCAGUGAGGCUUUGUCAUGUGAUAGCCGAAAUGAAUAUAAUAUAGCAUGAUCGCCAUUUUGGGCGCGGCAACUG